AUGAAGGCCAUAAACUCCUGGCUGCUUAUUGCAGUUACUAAUAUUCUUCUCCCUAUUGCAAUACUUAUAUUCGCAAAAGGGUUCUUCCCGUAUAAACCAGUCUUCCCGGGUCUCGCUGUUCUCGAUGCCACCUCAGAGCCUCCACCUCCGGCGCCUUUUGAGAAGAUUAUUUUUAUGGUCGUUGAUGCACUUCGAAGCGAUUUUGUAUUCUCUGAAAAUUCCGGAUUCAAGUUUACCCAGAGUCUCAUACGCUCAGGUUCAGCUGUGCCGUUUACUGCACAUGCGACCUCUCCGACGAUUACAAUGCCACGGGUGAAGGCUCUCACGACUGGCUCAAUCCCAAGCUUCCUAGAUGUGAUUCUCAACUUCGCGGAAUCGGACACGUCGUCAACUCUAGCAAAUCAAGACAGCUGGUUAGCGCAGAUUCGCCAACGUGAUGGAAAGAUAACAAUGUUUGGAGACGAUACGUGGCUUAAACUGUUUCCAGGCAUGUUUGCGCGUUCAGACGGGACUUCGAGUUUCUUCGUCUCGGAUUUUACGGAGGUAGAUAAUAAUGUUACUCGACAUCAUAAAGAUGAGCUUUUACAAACUGAUUGGGAUGCAAUGAUUAUGCAUUAUUUGGGCCUUGACCAUAUCGGCCACAAAGCUGGACCACGAAGCCCUUACAUGAAACCCAAGCAGGAGGAAAUGGACAGUAUAGUCCAAGAGUUCUACAAUGCCCUUAAAGCUCUACCCCAUCUAGAAUCAACUCUCUUUGUUCUUGCUGGAGACCAUGGUAUGAAUGACGCCGGUAACCAUGGGGGCUCGGCACCUGGUGAAACAUCGCCAGCACUUGUUCUCAUCUCUCCAAAAUUUGAAGAGGCCUUCCCUGGAGGUGGAAGAGAGUGCCCAGCAUUGCCGAAGGAAGAGUUCGACUUUUAUACUACCGUCGAGCAAUCAGAUAUCGUUCCGACACUUGCUGGGCUUCUCGGCUUCCCUGUGCCAAAAAACAAUCUUGGUGUUUUUAUUCCUUCCUUGCUUGGGAUGUGGAACGGUAAGCUCCCCGAUGUUUCUUAG